GGCGUUUUCCAUCGUUUUAAGUUCCGGAAUUACUGUAAACGGAACCUUAAGCGCGAGUUCAGUUUCUAUGGGUGCUGUUUCCGAAGUGGCACAGAGUGAACCGGAUAUUAUCGGAAUGUCAAAGAUGGGACUCCUCAUGUAACGCACUGCUCGGGAGGACAUGGCUCUGAGCCAAGUUAGUCGCAGUGUGCGGCUGCUCUUAGGUCAAAUUCAACGCUGUCGGCCAGCUCUGCUUUCAAACCAGACGGCUCGGUGUCUGAGUCAAGCAGCUUCUCAGCCAGAGCCCUCCGCGGAUGAAAAUGAAGCCGUGAACCCGACCUUUGUAAAUAGAAAUCCCCGCAACCUGGAGCAGAUGGCUCUGGAUGUGAAGGAUCGGGGCUGGAAGACAACCUGGCCACACCGGGAGUUCUACCACAGGUUGAUGUUCUCCCGUAGCCAACACCAUGUGACAGCCCAAGUGUUUUCCAGCUGCUCCCCUAUUCCGGUGCUUUCUUGUUCAACCAAAGAGUGGGCUGUGAAGAAGGAGCUGGCUUCUACAAACUGCGUGGCAGCCUGUCAGGCUGUGGGCGAGGUGCUGGCGCAGCGCUGCCAGCAGGCUGGCAUCACCAGGAUGGUGUAUAGGGCGAUUCCCUGGACAUACCGCUCAGAUUCUGUUCAGUCUUUCAGAGCUGCAAUGAAAGCAGGAGGAAUCAUUCUAAGUGAACCCAGAAGGAAAUAUGUUGGGUCCUGACUGUAAUUCAUCAGUCAAAUCCGCUGUUUUGUAUAAAUCUGUAUCCCCAUUACUCCUCUCUUUUGUUAACUAUUACUGUGCUGAUAUUAAGAUUACAACUGCUACAGUAAAAAAUAGGAUUCAAAAGAAAGCUUGUUCCUGUGCCAUGUCUCUUUUAUAUUAAGUCAUUCUCCUCUGGUUCAAUAUUUAAUCAAAAAAUAAAGAUUCUUGGUUUGAGUACAA